UGGUUUUCUGCUGCCAUGUGUAUGAUCAGUCUUCUUUGUUCUCCCUGCCAUAUAGGAAUCAAAAUCACCCUUUUUUUGUAUGGUCUUCACCACAAUCCGAAGGUGUGGCCCAAUCCAGAGGUGUUUGACCCUUCCCGUUUUGCACCAGGUUCUGAUCUACACAGCCAUGCUUUCCUGCCCUUCUCAGGAGGAUCCAGGAACUGCAUUGGGAAGAAUUUUGCCAUGAAGGAGCUGAAGGUGGCCGUGGCAUUGACCCUGCUUCGCUUUGAGCUGGCGGUGGAUCCAUUUAGAGUCCCCAUCCCAGUAUCAAAAGUUGUUCUGAGUUCCAAGAAUGGAAUCCACCUGCAGCUCAGAAAGCUCCACUAAUCCGUUUUGGGACAAGAGCAAGCUCUGAGGAUCUCCUUCCUGCCAUCCUGUCUCCCUGUUACAUGAUGCCAUCCUCUGGGUUUCUAACGAAGUCCUGCUUCUCACAUGCCAUUCUCCAUCACCUCCCCCUCUGGUCCUCUGUCUGCCCCUCCAAUCUGCCAUUUUCACUUUCUUCCUGCUUGUCUUCCCUGUAUAGUUUCCUUUACAUGCUAUAAUAAAUUACCGUAACCUCAGUGACAGAACACACCACAAAUCUUCUCUUAGCAUCUGGAUUCAUAAGUCUGAAGUGUGUUUCACAGGAUCACCUCGAGGUGUUGUUCGGGCCACACCACCUACAGGGCUCAAGGAGACAACCCCUGUGUUGGUCAUUCCAGCAUCUAGAGCUGCCUUAUUACAUCCCUUGUCUCCUGGAGCCUUCUUCUGUACACAAAUCCAGCAGCACCUCCGAUGUCCUUUCUGCUUCUGUCUUCACAUUGCCUUCUCUCUUAUGAGGACACUUGUAACUACAUGGACUCACUCAGAUAAGAGGACAUAGUUACAUCUUGUAGGGAUUAGACGCUGGACAUCUUUUGAGCUGUCUUUCUGCCUAAUGGGUCCCUAGUGACUGCCAUCAGCCAUGUUCCCAGUUCCCUUCUGUGUGUUUCCUGUACACCCAUUUAUCAAUCUCAUACCCUCUCCUUCUAUCUCCCUUCCCAGAAUACAGCUCACACUGUCAUGCCUUGGGAGGAGCUGGAUGGAGAGCAGCAAGAAAGAUGGGGUUGGGGAGAGAGACAAGACUAAGCAGGGAGAUAAUAUCUGCUCUGAGGUGCCAAAACCCAUCACCUCAGAGCCCAGAGAGGGGAUAGCUGUCCAGGAGGGAUUGGGGAAGCCCAGGUGGGCAGACAUGUGUGUCCUAUCAGAGAGGAUGCCAGCAAACAGCUGGCAAUGCCUUUCCCCCAGGACAGGCCCUACAUCUCUGCUCAGCUGCCUUCAAGGCAGAGGGGCUUCUUCACCCCUGCCACAUUUGGUGACAAAGUGGGUCAUGGUUCUCUGACUCUGGGCUCUGUUCCUUUUGUGUUCCUCCAUCACCCUGUCUCAGCCCAGCCCUGUUCUCUUGCUGGUUCCAAACACUGGUUCUCCUCCUGUCCAACCCUAGCCAUUCCUAACCUAGGGCCCUGGAUGCAUACACAGACCUCUCCAGGCACCCUCUGCCUGUGGUGGAGGCACCGACUCUGCCUCCCCAAAGUGCUUCUCUCUGACUCUGUCCCUGCAGCCAGGAUCUCCCACCCCAGUCCCCUGGCCUCCUGGGUCACUGGGGUAGUUCAGCCCUGCUUUAAGGAGGAGCAUGGUGAGCACCAAGUGCUUGACAGAGAUAUAGAGCAGGAAAGGGAGCUGGGAGCAUCCUGAGUAGGAUGUUUGGCAGGUCCCCUGACAUGAGGUGGUGCAGAAGGGCUCAGUGACCAUGAUCAGAGAGCACAGGACAAUGGGAACUUGGAAAUCUGGGUGGUCAGCCACGUUGACAUACUCUAACCACAGCAUUCCUAGGUUAGAGUAGCCAGUUGUUCAGCCAUUUGACGUACUCUAACCACAGCAUUCCAAGGCAGUGAGAAGGACCAGGGAGAUUCCCUACUGGCUCCCAGCAAUAAGAAAAACCCAGGCUGAGUCCAGGUUCACAUACACAGAUGCCUGACGCUUACAUAGACACACUCCUGGGCAGUUACUCCUGUGUGUGCCCUUGUACACUGUAACAAGGUAAAUGGAGAAACCAGGACUCCAUCUCCAGAAACAGAGGAGGGGUGGAGUUGCAGACCCUUGU